AGAAAACAUAGCCCCACAGCUCAGUGCGAUUGGGACUUUUGGCGGCGAGAUGCGAUCGCCACUGCUGCUGCUGCUCCUCGUUUUUUCGCUGCUGCUGGGCCCCUCGUACAGUGGCUCCGGAAAGGUGAUCUACUUCAAUGAGCUGAACAGCUCACAGUCCGCGGAGGUGGCCAAAACACCACCGGCAGUGUGGGCAAGGGCAUGCUCUUUGACACGCGGGGAAAUCGCUGCCGACAUGGCUUCAUUCGCGACCAUCACGGCCGCUGCAGAAGGAUUGUCUAAAAAUGGUAUACACCACUUGGCCAAAUUAAUUUUAAAUGUGUGUUUAUUUUAUUUUUAUUUAUGUGCGUCCAAGGAGAUUAAAGUGAAAUCCUAAGCAAACUGUCUACAGAUCUUGUAAAUACAAUAUAAUAGAUAGCCAAAAGUAAAGCAAAUAUCUGCUUGCUAACUAAAUUUCAAGCUUUGCCGUGUACGUUUAUUGUUUUAA